AUGCUUAUCCGAGGAGUUACCCAACCUAUCGAAUUCUAUGAUCAAUUGAGUUCAAAAGGGCGCGCGCAAAACCACAAGAAAAAAGCAAUUCCUUCCCGUGGGUGCAUAACAUGGUGUCCUAUUCUACAUACGAUACAUACCUGGGACAAGGACUUACUGGCUUUCAUAAGCCAUGCCAAGAAUACUGAUUUGGCCUUGAUGGUAGACGCCCGGGAGAAAUGGUGUCUCUCGGAGAACAUUCUAGCUCGUUAG